CCAGAAAAAAAAAAUGUGAAAACAGUAUGGUGGACCCCAGCAGCUGUACUGCAUUGACAACUACCAAAAGUCCCUCUCAACUCCUCCAGAAAUGAGGAUAAAAGACUAGUGGCUGUCUCCAUUUAAUUAAAAAUAAAAGAACAACCCCAAGACUUGUGGCGUGAGACUGACUAGACUAAGUGAGAGGUUGACUUAAAGCUGUAAAAACGAGAGAAGGGUACAUCACAGGUUAGACCUAAUUUCUCUUCCUCAGCAGAGUGAUACUGAAGAGAUUAAAAAGUUUGACAAAAAAUAUAAUGACAAAAACCACUGGUCUAGUAGAUUUCACCAGCAAACGAUCGACUAAAUGAGUGAAUAAUCGUGCUAAAAUCCCCCAGAGGCAUCACAAAUUAAAAAAUCCGGAGAAGGCAGAUCCUGAAGAAAAGGAGUUCCCUGGAGUCUUGAGAAAUGAGUAGAAAUUCUUCUGACAAGGGUCCAGUGCCCCCACGCUGGCUGCACUGUCCUCGAAAAUCCAAUCGAUUUAUUGCGGACAAAUUUUUGGCCUUCAAGACACCCCUCUCCUCGGAUUAUGACUCCCAGGUACCAGAGGAGAAUCGUUUUGCAGUGAGUUUCAUCUUUGAUUCCCUGAAGAACCAGAGGACGAAGAUGGGGCUGUGGAUAGACCUGACCAACACCUCUCGUUUCUACGAUAAGAAAGAGGUGGAGGCAUACGGAUGUCGUUACCUGAAACUAGCCUGCAGAGGACACGGUGAGACACCAUCCGAGGAUCAGACGAAUACCUUCAUAAAAAUAUGCAAGACAUUCAUCGCUAAGAAUCCCCUGGAAAUCAUCGGUGUGCACUGCACCCACGGUUUCAACAGGACUGGCUUCCUCAUCAUCAGUUACCUGGUGGAGACUGAAUUCAGUGAUGUCGAGGGGGGGCUCUACAGCUUCUCCAUAGCCAGACCUCCAGGUAUCUACAAGGGGGAUUACAUCCAGGAGCUGUUCAGACAUUAUUCUGACAUUGCUGACGCUCCACCACCCCCUGCACGACCUACCUGGUGUCUGGAGUACGAUGAUGCAGGUGUUGAGGACACUGAUGAGGUGCCAGAGUCAGGGAGCAGUGGACAAACCAACGGUAACAAACGGAGGCGAGAGUUCAAUGCUAAAAAUCCAGUGUUCAUGGCUGGUGUUCCCAACGUGGAGGUCGUCAAAGAGCCACGAAAAAUUGCUGGAAUUCAGGCUAGGGUGCAGCAGAUGUGUGGAUGGGAGACUGGUGGCUUUCCAGGAUCACAACCCGUGUCUAUGGACAAAACCAAUCUCAGAUUGCUCCAUGAGAAACCGUACAGGGUCUCGUGGAAGGCCGAUGGCACCAGGUACAUGCUGCUGAUUCAGGGCGAUGGAGAGCUCUACUUCAUUGAUAGGAAUAACAGCGUUUUUGAGAUUAAGGGCCUGACUUUUCCACAUCCCAGGGAUGUUACCAGGCAGCUCAGGGAUACUUUACUCGAUGGGGAAAUGGUAAUCGAUAAGGACAAGGGAAUAGAGUAUCCUCGAUAUCUAGCUUACGAUGUGAUAAUGUACGAUGGUAAAGACGUAUCGAAGAAUUCCUUCUAUCCUGAUCGGUACACUAUAAUUGAAAAGGAAAUAAUGGAAGGGCGACACAGAGCCAUGAAAGAUGGACGAUUGAGACGAGAACGAGAGCCAAUAUCAGUGAGAAUUAAACAAUUUUGGGAAUUGACUCAAGCCAAGAGUUUGCUCAGUGAAAAAUUCGCCAACAUGUUGAGCCACGAGCCUGACGGCCUCAUCUUCCAGCCAGCUAAAGAGCCUUACACGCCUGGACCUGCCAACGACGUCCUGAAGUGGAAGCCCUUGUCCAUGAAUUCCGUGGAUUUUAAACUGAAAAUUGUCACUGAGUCCGGGCCUGGAAUUCUUCCGAGGAAAAUCGGUCAUCUGUUUGUGGGGGGUCUCGAUAUUCCUUUUGGGGAAAUAACAAGCCUUAAAGGAUGCAAGGAACUCAAUAACAAAAUUAUUGAGUGCAAAUCGGAGAAGGGACGGUGGGUGUUUAUGAGGGAGAGAACGGAUAAAUCUUUUCCCAAUUCGUACAAAACUGCUCGGGCCGUUUGUGCAAGCAUUAAGGAUCCUGUCACCAAGGAAAUUCUACUAGAAUUCAUAGAACACAAUCGCUUCGUAGACGACGCCGAUCUCAUGCCUCCACCCAAGAGGAUGAAGCAUGAGAGGUGACAGGCUGCACUCCAUUCCUCCCAAUCAAAAUUGUACAUGCGCUCACAAUAGAAUUUUAACAGUUUACUUAAUUUUUUUCUUCGAUCAUAACUAAUUAGCUCUUGUUCUCGAUAAAUUGUUCAUUUUUAGAAAUUAUGGAUCAUGGUGAUUAAUUUUUUUUGUUCAUGACUGGAAUAAAGACAUUUGUAAUAGAAAA